AAAUCGCGCGAAAGUCACCUUUCACUCUUAUACCAAUAAAUAGUGAUUAAAGAAAAACAUUGAAUCAUCUAAAUUACAAUCAACUAAAAACUAGAGCCUCCUUAAAAAAAUUUAAAAAACCAAUUCCUCCCCUCAAAUUCAAUCAUAAUCACAACCAUAAAAAAUUAUUAAUAAUUUGACGACAGAGAACAAUUUUCUAACCUCCUUGCUCCAAAGCAUUAAAACAUCAUGAGGACUCGACAGUAAUUAAAAAAAAAACUCAAAUAGCUUCUGAAUUGCACAAAAGCAAUUUGUCCCCAAAAUCGACUCGAAAAUCUUGGAAUAAAUCCUUAAAGAUCUCAUCUAAGGGAGAUCCGUUCCUAACCUUCCCCCAAUCGACUCACAACACAAUGAUAAUCCCUAUCUCGAAAAUCGUCAGCUGUUCCUCGGAACACCCUGACUUCCCCGUGUCAAAUCUCCUGAAGAACCCUCCACCAGGACCUUGGAAAUGCGAAAAACCCGGAGUCCUCUUGACGUACGUCAUCUUCGAAUUCUCAGAGCCCAUGUGCAUAACAGGUUUGGACAUCUCCAAUUAUCGUUCCUGCAUUGUCAUAGUGACAGCAUCGACAGAGUCAGAUCCUGACUCGUGGAUUCCAAUCGUCAAUCACCAGUUCCUGAGCCAUGACGAAGCAGCCAACAACAAAUUCCGAGAUCAGGUCCAGCUGUUCACCAAGAAGGAGUUGAAUUCCGAGACGUUGAAGGUGAAAUUUAACAGGGCUAAAGUCACCUGCAUGCAGUCAGCGAACACUAAAAUUCUCUUUGGCCUGUCUUCAAUUAUCCUGAAGGGCGAGGCUCCUCUCUCCAUGGACCUCGAUGUCCUGGGGAGGUUCAAGCUCAAACCUGAAGCCUCUGAGAAACCCAAGAACGACUUCAAGGCCAAAUUUCUCAGGCUUUUCCCGGAAAAACAGAAGGAUUACAGGGAGGAGAUUAAAGAGAAGAUCAAGGAGAACGGUUUAGGGGAUUUCAACAAGAGACAGGAGGCUGGAGGGACUCCAAAGAGAAGACCCCUGUUGGAGAAACUGGAGGCUGGGAAGAGUGAGGAGGUUUUCGGAAAAAAGAAAGACAAUGAAGAGAAGGACGCGAAGCGAACGCCAUUUGGAGAUGUCAUACCAGAGGUAAAAGAGAACUCCACUAAAAAGAAAGAUCCCAAGCAACACUCCAGUCUUCUCCUCGACGAUAACGAAGCGAAGAAGAAAGUGAAAGUGAAGACAAAAGAUAAAGAAGAGUCCAGGCCUAGCACAUCUAAACGACGCUCUCAUUUCCUCGAUUCUGAUGGUUCGGAUGAUCCUGAUGUUGACGAUAGUGAAAAAAAGAACAAUAAGAAGACAAAUGGACCGAAAAAGGGACCGAGUGCACAGGAUAAGGGGAUGAAGGGUGAAUCUCCCCGAGGGAAGUGCUCAGUGUGCCAGGGGAAGGUGCAAGACAGGCCCUGUCUGAAUUGUAAUAAACUACCGAAACAGAAACCUGUGAAGUUUCCUCAACCGAAGAAACCGAGAGUUGAGGAGAAGAAAAAGGCAUUUUCCAAGUUGAUGGAUGAUAUCAGCUUCUCCCUGAGUGGCUAUGUGAAUCCUCAGAGGGAUGAGAUCAGGAGAAAGGCUCUCAAGAUGGGAGCGAGAUACGUCGCUGAUCCUAAUGUCACCAGCAACAAGUGCACUCACUUGAUUUGCGCCUUUCAGAAUACACCAAAGUCUCAGCAGCUCAAAGGACAUUCCAAGAUUGUCUCUCAUUUGUUCAUCGAGGAGGCCUUCGACAAUGAGAAAAGAUUUCCUUGGAGACGUUACGCAAUGGACAAAUCCGACAGAAAACAGCCGGAGAGUGAAGAGGAAGUCGAGGGAACGGAUUCUCCUAUUCCCCCACCAAAUCCAUAUGAUCAGCAAACUGAUCCCGAGUCUGAAGAAGAUUAUUAAAACCCAAAAUCAUUCCACUCAGACUUAUACCAAAAGUCAUAGUGAACUGGAUUUACUUGUAUAUAGUAAUUCUCCCAAAUGAAAUUUUUGUACGGUCCCCAGGUCUCGAACGUUAUUUAUGAAUAAACUUGUAAAAACAUCGUAUCUUAAUAUUUUUGCACAGAAAAUAAAACAGAACAAAUCACCAUAAAUGAAUUUAUCCACUAGAGAAAAUCGAUUCGAGAAAUUGAUAGAAUUUAUUU